AUGUUAUCUCUUAGUUCGAGACCUUUUGAUCCGAUAAACUCUGUCGAGUUGAUGAAUUAUGAUGAGAGGGGAGAUGUGAGGAGUGAGUCGUUUGUUUCUCAAGAGACGCGCGCCAAACUUUUCCUGUUGGAUUGUGUUCGUUCCGACCGAAGAAGUCAUCAACUAGAAGAACAUGAACACUAUGCGGGAACGAGAAGGACUGCAAGACCAUCAGAGAAUAUCACAGGUCAAGCGGUGUGGCAAUGCGAGAAAAUAAUGUGUUGCGAAGGGUGGGAUUAUGUCUUGUCAACGGAUUUUGACACCUUGACAUGGAAGAGGAAAUAUGGAGGUCAAAAUCUAGAGGACACGAGAUGA